UAUCGGUUCAAUCAACAUCGGAUGCUGGCUGCCAUCACUUUGGUUUAAGUUUUGUGGCUGUGCUAGUUGCGUGGUGUGGUUUCGCCGCCGAAACUGAUUUUCUCCAUCAAUAUGGGUGAAAUAAAGAAAUUGGGAAACGAAAGUUUUAUGGCAAUCGUUUUACGAAGACAACGAAUGAAAGUAAUGUUGACUUACCAUGGAAACAAUUGUAACUCUUGAAAUAAGAUCCACGUCAUUGGCCCCUGGAAAAAAGAAAUAGAAGUAUUUUGAUUUAACAGAAAAAUGUAAAGAUGAUUUAUAAUUAUUGUCUGUCUGGAAGCUUCAGUGGUCUGAAGAGUUAUUUCAAAAACCUUGACUGUAAUGUUGACUGAUUUUUGUUUUCUGAUGAGGGAUCAUUAUCGGGUUGGAAAAGUCCUGCUAGCAGAUUUCAAGAGAAAUGCAACCCGAAGGAAUCGGAAGAGACUGAAAGUGUGUUUAGAGAAGAGUCUGUGAGUUCCAAUUACUUCUGGUGCAAUGAAAGAGUCAUGGUGUUUAGCAAUUGUAAGCAAUCAAGGCAUUGCCUUGGACACCAAUCUCGUGCUUCAGAUUGUUGAGAAUUACUGAAUACUACAGGUGGUUAUUUUGUCACAGCAUCAAUUACAGCUUACUUUAAAGUGGUGAAUAGCGAGGAAAUUUUAUGAUCUUGUGAUGUGUCAGUAGCGGAUCCAGGGGCGGGGGGAUGGGGGCAGUGGCCCCCUCAAAAAGGAUUAGUUUUCAUUUAUAUUACCUUCCCUUAUUUGGCAAAAUUGAUCUAAAUAUUUGUUAGAAUUAUAUAAUUAUUCAAAAAAUAUUAUAUAGUGUCUUACAUAUACAAAAACAAUUUACAAUAUAACAACAAAUAUGUUUAUUAUUUAACAAAAGUCUGAUGGCCUGGAUCCACCCCUGUUGCCUAUUUUACUCAUGUGAUGUACUCUUGAAAUAUAAACACAUUUCGUAGCUUGAUAAAAAAUUUCAAGUGCAAAUUAAUGCCGAUUUCAGUAUCAGCUGAAAAAAAUUCUAAUUGCAUCUUACCGGUCGCAUUUUUGAAAUUUGUGAUAUUUGGAUAAAUAAAUAAUCACAUGUUAGGUAGCAAAUCCAUUUCUGCAUAUAAAAGUAUUC